AUGAAUUCGCAGUCUGAAGCAAUCAGAAUGAAGUUGCAGGGUCCGAGGCCUGGACCUCUCAUGGCGAACAAGAGCUCCAGGAAGAUGAAGAAGAAGCAAUGUUCCUCGCCGGUGGUCAUUUAUUUGAGAUCUCCCAAGGUGUUUCAUGUAAAGCCUGAAGAAUUUAUGAGUCUGGUGCAGCAGUUAACUGGGAAUCCGAAACCACCAUCUUCCACACCUUCUCUUCAUUCUCGCGGAACGCUACAUCGUCCAGAAUCGGAGAAGGACGCCGGCGACGAGAUCGGCCGGUUAGAGCAUUUCAUGUGUACUUCUAGGGCUGGCCCUACUACUCAUGCCCAUUCUACUGACUUUAUGCACUUUGUGGAUUUUGUGUGA